AUGUCGAAAGAAACACAGGCAAAAGUAAAGUUUAGUUAUAAUCGCAGUUCUCGCAAGGUUUUGAUUGAUGUAAAACACGGCACAACUGGGUGGUUUACCGGCGAAUUAGCAACGGUCUUGGGAUUUGACCAGGACACACUUAUUGAAAAGAAAACGUCGAGUCCCUAUGCUGCAGAUAUCAAUGGUGGAUUUUCCUCCAUGUAUGUCUAUACUGAUAUCGUUGAUGCACAGUUUGUGGGCGAUGUGAAAGUUCCUUUACUACGAAUCGUUAAUAUCGAAGGGGAAUAUGGAAACACCGUUCACGCCAGUUUUCGUAAUUUGCAAUACGUACCGGUCAAAGUAAAUUCUUUUGAGACCAUUGAAGUGAAUAUAAAGAAUGACCAAAACGAAAACGUCUCAUUUGAGUUCGGGAAGUCAAUCGCAACACUUCACUUUAGACAGAAGAGAUCUCAGUACUUUAUCUAA